GGAUUAAAGGGAUUCUGGUUCAAAUAGGAGGCCUGGACAGCAGUCAUGCAUUCCGUCGCAAGUGAACAGCGAUAUCGGAUCUCCUUUGCCCAUUUCACCAGGAAGUAAGGAAACUAGAAACACAGCCAAUAUGCCAGUUGAUCUGAAUGGGUAUUGGAAAAUGAUCUCAAAUGACAACUUCGAGGAGUACUUAAAGGUCCUCGAUGUAAAUGUUGCCAUUAGGAAAAUUGCCACCUUGUUGAAGCCUGACAAAGACAUCAAUCACGAUGGUGACCACGUAGUCAUCAAGACCCUCAGUACCUUUAAGAACUACAACAUGGAUUUCCAUGUUGGCAAGGAGUUUGAAGAGGACCUGUCAGGGGUGGAUGACAGAAAAUGCAUGACCACUAUCUCAUGGGAGGGAGACAAUCUGGUGUGUGUGCAGAAGGGAGAGAAAGAAGGAAGAGGCUGGACCCAUUGGGUGGAGGGGGAUGAGCUUCAUCUGGAGCUGAGAGCUUGUGGAGCUGUGUGCAAGCAGGUCUUCAAGAAAACCUAAACCAGCACUGGAUUUACAGAAUGGCGCCCCCUACCUGAGCGCUCAAGAGAGACACAGACACAAAGAACCCUCUAAUACCCUCUAACCCUCUGUGACAAAGAACCCUCUAAUACACUCAUCCAUCCAUCCACCCACCCAUCCAACCAUCCAUCCUUCCAUCCUUCAUUCCAUCAAUCCUUUCACAUUUCUUUCCAUCAUUCAAACUAUCCAUGACAAGGGUGAUGUAUCUGUCGAUCACUUGUACCGUAACUCUGUCUCAGGGUGGGAGCUCCUUUGAUUGACAUGUUAUAGGUGUGUGGAUACAUUAACACUGAAGUACGUGUAGUAGGCUUUGUGAUUAGUGCCUCAAUCUCUAAUGGUGUCCUGAGUUUACAACUGGGGGUGAACUUGACCAGUAGGAAGGAGGGUUUUAGUAGAGUGAACAAGAAAAUGAGGGUGAGAGAGGUAAAGAAUGAAAAUGAAAUGGAGAGGCAGCAGAAGAUGUGACAGAUAGCUACUGGGCCUGUGCAGCUGAGUCAUCAUCGCCAUCUUAGUAGAAAACUUUACUACAAGUACUCAGUGUUCACAGUGUUGCACACAGUGUUCAGGAAAUAACAGCAGACUUUGUCUGUGUUUUUCCUCAAUUCCCUUGUCCCCUUGAUAGGAAAAAAUCACUCAAUAAAUGAAUCUCAACAA